AUGAACCACUUUCCAGAAGUCUGGGGUCGGCCGCGAGACGAUGUGUACGGGGCCUAUGAUCACUCAUAUCUCCAGACGUCCGGUCCAAUAACCCAUACCCAGCGCCCAAUCGUGACAGGAACCUCCGUUAUUGCCGUCAAGUUCAAGGACGGCGUCGUCAUAGCGUCGGACAACUUGGGCUCCUAUGGCUCACUUGCCAGAUUUACCGACCUGAAGCGUCUCCGGGCCUUCGACAACUCUUCCGUGGUUGGAUUUGGUGGUGACGUCUCUGAUAUGCAGUAUAUCGACCGCGUCUUGAACUCCCUAGACAUACAAGAAAACUAUUCUACAUACGGAGAGCAUUCUCUCAACGCCAAAAAUCUCCAUACAUAUCUGUCCAAACUGCUUUACCAGCGACGAUCCAAGUUUGACCCUCUCUGGAACCAUAUUCUUGUUGCCGGACUCGACGAUGAGGGCAAGCCAUUCCUCAGCUCCGCAGACUUGCUAGGAACAACUUACUCCGCACCAGCCCUUGCUACAGGGUUCGGAGCCCACUUGGCUGUGCCCAUUCUACGUCGAUUGUUCCCAGAGGAAGAUGGGAUAGAUAAUAUCACCAAGGAGCGGGCAGUUGAUGCUAUGAAGCAGUGCAUGAGGGUGCUUUUCUACAGAGAUGCUAGAAGCUCGGACAGAUAUUCUAUUGCGGUUGUUACCAAGGACGGUGUGGAGCUCAAGGAAAACGAAGCUCUGGAGAACCAGAGCUGGGCUUUUGCUGACAGGAUCAGAGGCUAUGGCACCCAAGUCAACUAA